AUAGUAGUACUUAAACCUGUUUGGUUCAAUUUCAGUAACGUUAGUCACACCGCAGAGGUUAAAGGUAUGAAGUGCUAGGUAGAUAGUUGGAAAAAAGUGUUCUGGUAUAUUUUGUGAUUCUAUAGUAUUAGUUAGACAAGAAGUAAAUAGACGACAUGAAGAUAACCUUAGUGAUAGCCUUGCUCGUUGCGGCAUUAUUCAAGGAAUCCUUACAGCAAUGCUUCCCUCCAUUUACUGGUAAUCAACCAAGUCAAAAAGCCGCCCCAGACCUUUAUUCUGGACAACAGGACUUUUCGUUGGCUUUACUGAACGCCGUCAACAAAGUGAUUCCCAAUGAAAAUCUCUUCUUCUCGCCGUAUUCUACGUACCAUGCUUUACUUAUGGCGUAUUUCUUAUCAGGUCGACAGACGGAAAGUUAUUUAAAGAAAGUUCUACGACUGAAUCAAGCUCAGGAGAAAGCAGACAUUUACGCCGCUUAUAAAGUAGAUAAAUUCGUGACCCAACUUCUAGCCAAAAGUGCACCUUAUGAAUUCACCAGCGCUAACAAAAUAUAUGUAGAAAACGAAGUACCAGUGCGCGAAUGUGUAUUAAAUGAUUUUCCAAGUGAAUUGGAAAUGAAAGAUUUUAAAAGUAGUCCCGAAGCUGCUAGACAACAAAUAAAUCACUGGGUAGAAAAUGUUACACACAAUAUGAUUAAAGAUCUCAUUCCUCCUGGUACGAUUGACUCAUCUACAAAUUUGGUUUUGGUAAAUGCAGCAUAUUUCAAAGGGUUGUGGGAGAAUAAGUUUCCACCAGAAUAUACCAAACAAGAAGUGUUUUAUGUGAGUCCCACAAAGCAGAUUAUGGUUGAUAUGAUGCAUGUCGAAGGAACAUUUAAACAUGACGUGUCUGAAUCUUUGGGAGCCCACAUUUUGGAAAUGCCGUAUAAGGGAGAUAAUAUAAGUAUGUACAUUCUUCUCCCUCCAUUUUCAAAUACUGAAAACUCUAUAGAAGCUACAUUAAAGAAAUUAACUUUGGCAAACUUUAAGAAUAUUGUCGAAAAUGACAGUUUAGUGUCCAAAACUGUUCAACUCGCCUUUCCCAAAUUCAGUUUAGAAACCACUUUGGAAAUGACUCCGAUUCUCCAAUAUAUGGGAGUAGGAGAUCUCUUUGAACCCACCUCAGACCUAUCAUUCCUAUCUGAAAGCAAAGUGACUCUCGGAGGAUCGUUACACAAAGCUAAAAUUGAGGUUAAUGAAGACGGAACUAAGGCAGCAGCUGCAACUACGUUCUUCAGUUUUAGAUCGAGCAGACCAGCCGAACCGGCGCAAUUUGUUUGCAACCAUCCGUUUAUUUAUGUUAUUUAUGAAAAGAUGGAAAGAGCCGUUCUUUUUAGUGGGAUUUUUAGAAGGCCUUAUUAGGAAAAAUGUAGUCUAAUACAAUGGAAUGUUAGCAACCUUUUCAAAACUACACAAUGAAUCCAAUGUUAUAACAAUUUGUAUAAAUUUGGUAGAUAGAGGAAAUGUUAGAACUACUACCGACUGAGUAUUUUCGUACAUAUCUUUUUGGUGCAUAGCAAAUUAUUUGUUUUAUUAUCUAAAUUUAAUUAUUUAGUAUUUAAUUAUGACGUGAUAUAUACCACCUGUUUAGCUUUAAAAUGAGCAAAUAUUACUUUUACCAUCUCACAUAAGUAUUUCAAAUAUUCCUACAUAGUUUUUACUAAUUUUAAACAAUAAUUAUAAAUGGUUCUAAUAAUGCUAGUCUAGAGAACUGGAACUAUAUAAAUAAAUUACUAUGUAUAUGCCUAGUUCGCACUAUGCUAGUAGUUUAGUCGAAUAGCGGAGUAACUAAAAGGCACACUAGGUAAAAUACUGCGAUACUACCCAAAAAUCAUUCGCACUUGUUCGAGUACAGUUCACAAGUAAGUUGAUUCUAUUUAAGAAGAACAGCCUAUAGGUGAGCGGUACACCCCUAAUUUGAGGCUUAGAAAUCGAAAAAGCUACCAUGAUAGGUGAAUGGCAAAUUUUAGUCAUUAUUUAUGUUGUCGAGAUCGCUGAAUCCGAAUAUGAAAUUUAUUUUUACUUUAAAAAAAUCCUAACUUUUAUUAUAAUAAGACUGAAAAAUUGAAACAAUUCCCAUUGUCUUCAGAAAGGUGAGAAAUAUAUACUAUAAAAAUUUCAGAACAAAAUAUUAAGAUGGAACAGAGUCGUAGCGAGUUAAACGCAAAAAGACAUAAUUUUAGGGUAAAAUUGCAAUUUGGACAAUGUUCCCCCACUUAACGACGUUCUACACCUUCGGCAAAGAAUUAAGGAUUUGCAUGAAAUUUUAGUAUGUUAUAGUUUACUUAAAAAAACUAAGACUUGAUUUUUUAAAAAUUGUUUUACCGUGCCGUUUAAUUACUAUUAAGAGUCAAAGUUAAGUUUUAACAUGGACUCUUAUUGGAAUUCUUAAAAAGUUAAUAACUUUUGACCCAAAUUUACGAUUUUUAAUUAUUUGUGCUUAAAUUAAAGGUUUUUUUGUAAGGAAUAACAUAUUAGAAAAUGACGAUUGUUUACCGUACCAUUUAUUUUUAAUUUAUUUAUUAUAAAUAAUUCCGUAAUUUCCGCAAUUUAUUAUAAUUUAUUUUUAUAAAAUAUUCAAUACUGAAACAUAUGAUUUGAGUAUUCUGAUAUAAAUGUAUUGUUACCAACUUUCGCUUGCAUAUAAGUUUCCCCCCUUUCCUCUGAGAGGCAUACCCCGCAACGAAGGUGUAGAACGUCGUUAAAAUUCAAAAUAAACUUCAUGUUCGUUUUCAGCAUCAUCAAAAACAUAAAGUAUAACCAAAAUUAGCCGUUCACCACACCGUGGUCAGUAUCUCGAGAAAUAAGCGUUUUUUGGGGGGAGUGCCACUCGUCUAUAAAGUCACAUAAAUUUUUUCCUAUUGCAUAUUAUUUUGACUUGAAAUUUUCCAGAACACUUUUUCAUGACUUCAUGGUUUUAAUGGUGUGUUAAUUAAAAUUAUAAACUAAAAAGUUUGUCAACCAACUUUAUUAAGCAUCUAAACAUGAAACUAACGAAAUCUGACGACAAAAUGUUUAAGAAUUAACAACUCAAAAUGUUUAAACAUCUCGGACAAAUCUCAUUGUUAUCAAAGAUUUAUCUUAUAAACAGUUCAAAGAUAUGAUAAAAUUUUCGAUAGGAAAUAUUUACAGCAACCAAAGAUACAACUAGUUAAAGUUGACAAAUCAUCUAAAUUUAUUUUUCGCAUGUUUGCAUAAAAUUUAAUUUUUGAACAUGUUCCACCAAUUUUAGAUAAAAAUACACUUCAUAUUCAGAUUCAGGAACCUCGAAAACAUAAAGAAUGACUAAAAUUGCUCAUUCACCUUAAAGUUGAUUUUCGUGGUCGGUAUAACAUCAUUUUAGGGGUUGCUGCCGCUCGCCAACUAAAACGCAAUGAAGCUAAUAAACUGAUUAAGCUAAUCGUAACAGCUAUUUUAGAAGAGAUGAGUGAGGAAAUUUGUGUAAUUAAUAAAAAGAAGCUAUGGAUACGAAAAUGGAUCGAUUAGAAGAGAUAAACUAGGAGCUACCAAUUAUUGUCUUCUGAAGGAAUUAGCAUUGAAAAAUUUCAAAGAAUACUUCGCUAGUUUUAGAAUGUUUAAAACUUGUGUAAAUUUUCUGUUAAUGAACUCUCAAAUACAGCGGAAAGUUACCCUAUUAAGAAAUGCGAUUCCUACAAUAACAAAAUUACAAGCAGUAUUACAACCAAAUUGAACUUUUUUUGAAAAGUUCAAUUCCCAUGUGUCUCAAGCGAAAGAUUUAUAACCAAUGUGUUUUGCUGUACAAAAUGAAGCAGAGACUUUAACACUGGCGUAAAAAUCCGCGAAUAAACUCGUUACACAAAGAGUUACACAACGAACCAUGGAACGUGCAAUGCUGAACGUGAGCUUUCGAGACCACAGAAAAAACCAACAAAUCAGGCAAAGAUCAGGAGUUCGAAACGUCAUCCAAAGAGCUACGACGCGUAAGUGGAACUGGGCAGGGCACUUAGCUAGAACAUAAGCUGGACAAUGGACACGGCGAGUCAUGGAAUGGACGCCCGAAACUAUAAAAGAAGAAGAGGACGACCACUGAAAUAAAAAGAGUAGCAGAAAACUGGCUAUAACCAGCCCAGUGUAGAGAACACUGGAAAUAACUGAGGCCUAUGCCCAUCAGUGGACGCGAUUGGCUGAUUGAUGAUGGUGCUGAUUACAACCAAAAUUAUGAAAUUUUUGCGGCAACUAAUGAACUCGACUGGUUCUGAUUUGUUUAGCCGGUGAACCAGUGAGCACGGACUCCUGGUGGGAGGUGCUACUCGUCCAAAAAUAUAGAAUAGAAUGGAUCGAUUAGGUGAAGGUUAAGGAUCGACUUAAAUUAGGUAACUAAAUUAGCCUUAUACUAAUCUACUCGACUGAAGUUUUGUUGUUCAGAAAAGUUGGUUUACUAAAUUACUCGCUACCAACGAACUGUCAACACUGAUGGAAUGGCCCCGUCCCAUUCCAACAGUGAAGCGAGAUAGGCGCCAACAUACAAGAGAGAGGUUCUAGCACUUCUAGAGAGACAUGAGAGAGACACGAGAAUUUGUCAGGUAAAAUUUGCUACAACUACAACGUACCUGACUAGCACUGUCUGGCGAUUAUCUUCCCUCCUUUACCUGAUUAUCUUCUAUCUCAUCCUGGCGCCAUUAAAUUUGCUUCAUGGCGAUUCCAUCAGUGUUGACAGUUCGUUGCUCGCUACUCAACUAAAAGGCUCAGUUAGAUGACGCUAGUAACUCGUGUGAGUUACUGGGGCGAGUAUUGGAGACAAGUGUUCCACAGGGAUAGUGACGGCUGCACUCACGCUAAAAUCAUUUUUUAAUGUGUAGACGCGCUAUCCGAGACUUCGUAGGACCUCAACUAAUUACUAGUAAUAACUACUAGGAGUGUGUAACCGGUAUGGCUUACAAUACCGGGAUUCCGAAUACCGGAAUCACGGACAAUUUUUGUCCGAUAGUAAAAACCGGUAUUUAUCUAAAAAUACCGGUAUUUUGGUAUUACAUUAGUUGAUAAAAAUUGAAUUUAUGCACGAUAUAAAUCUAAUUUAAAAUAAUAUUAAUUAAUUACAAUAAUUAUUUUUGAAGAUAAACAAACAAUUCCGUUUUAUUAAAAUCUAUAUCAGAGGCAUAUUUAUUACUCAUACCGAACCAAGUAUGGCACUAUAAUAUACAGGGUGAUUGAUUAGUAGGGUAAAGCUCAAUAGCUCCGCUAUAGUAAUAGAUAGCAAUAAAAGUUAAUAACAAAAAUUUUAGCCACCUUUGAGCUUCACAUUACAAAAUUAGUUAGAAUGUUAUAGGGUGUUCGAUAACACAGUGGCAGACCAAACUUAUGUUUGUUAAAUGGAACACCCUAUAUUUUAUUUUAAAUUCGAAAUCCUGUUAACUUCUCCAUCACAAAAAUAUGUAUAAAUGUUUGUUAUGUUAUACAGGGUAUUUACAAAGUUAUAACCAAUUUUAUAUGAAAAUCGUAACAAGUUCAACUCCCUGUAUAAAUAAAAAUAAGCAAAACAACAAUGGUUUAUUAACGCCAUAUUUUUUAACGUAUUGUCAAAAUUUUUAAGAAUGGUCGAUAUUGCUAAUUUUCUUUAUAUCAAAUACAGGGUGAGUCAAAACGCAAGUACAUCAUUUUCUCAGUAAUUUUAAAUGGGACACCCUGUAUUUUAUAUCACUAUUGAAAAGUACCAUUACCGUACUUUAAUUUUUAGAUAACAUACCCUAUGUCUAAAUUUAUUAGUUUUCGAGAUAUUUUCAUUUUUCAAUGGACCAGUAGCGUGGCCACCCAAAUCACCAGAAUUUAAUAAACUGGACUGAUUUUUUUUGGAGUUACGUUAAUAAUGAAGUUUAUAAAAUACCUCUAACAACAAGGGAUGAGAUGAAAGAUAGAAUACAAAGUGUAUUUCGAUGUGUUAAUUUACAAAUGCUCCGUAGAGUAAGUAGCUCAUUCAAUGAUCGUUUUUAGGCGUACAUAAAUGUGUUAGGAGAUAAUUUUGAACACCUUAUGUAAUUAAAUAUUAAAAAGAUUUUAUUAAAAGUAGCUUCUAAUUUAUUCAAACAUGUUUUUUUGCAAAAUGUAUUACUGAUAAAUUGUUUCGUUCUUUAUUUGUUACAUUGUUACAUUUACAUACAAAAGUAGUGUUUAAUUGUCUUAUUAUUUUUAUUUCUUUAUUUGCUACAGUGUUACAUUGAUUACCGGAUUGAUAAUCGGUAAUCUUCAAUUGUCAAUUCAGUCAUGGCUUACUUAAAAUUUAGAUAAAUUUAAACACCUAAAAUAAUUUGCUCUGAAAAAUGAAAAUAUCUCGAAAACUAAUAAAUUUGGGCAUAGGGAAUGUUAUAUAAAAAUUAAAGUACGUUAAUGUUACUUUUCAAUAAUGAUAUAAAAUACAGGGUGUUCCAUUUAACAUUACUGAGAAAAUAAUGUAUAAUUCUUAAUCAAUAAUUCUUAAAAAUUUUGACAAUAAAUAAAAAAAUGUGGCAUUAAUAAACCAUUGCUGUUGUGCUUAUUUUUAUUUAUACAGGGAGUUGAACUUGUUACGAUUUUCAUACAAAAUUCUUUAUAACUUUGUAAAUGCCCUGUAUAACAUUACAAACCUUUAUAUUUUUGUGAUGGAGAAGUUAACAGGAUUUUGAAUAUAAAAUAAAAUAUAGGGUGUUCCAUUUAAAAAAAAACAUAAGUUAGGUCUGCCACUGUGUUAUCGAACACCCUGUAACAUUAUAACUAAUUUUGUAAUGUGAAGCUCAAAGGUGGCUAAAAUUUUUGUUAUUAACUUUUAUUGCUAUCUAUUACUAUAGCGGAGCUAUUGAGCUUUACCCUACUAAUCAAUCACCCUGUAGAGAAGCGGCGGUGUCGGCAAUAUAAAGCGAUUAUUUAUUUGGCUGUAAAAUAUUAUUUGUCAAUACCUGCCACAUCAGUACCUUCCGAAAGUGUAUUUUCAAAGUCUGGCAGUUAACAAACCUAAUAUAAGUAUUUUUUUAGAAAUUAGACUAGACAUUAGAAUACCGGUUUUAUUACCGGUAGCCCGAUAUUUCAAAUAUCAAAUACCGUUAUUCAGAUUUUAGUUCGGUAUUGUAAGCCCUAGUAACCGGUCUCUACGGUGCUAGUGCAUCAUACAGUCGAGUAUUGCGUGGGAGAAGUAUUGGUGUGUAAACCUACUCGUUUCAGUAAAUGGGAUUACUUUGUAUUUACUCGACUGGUAUUUGAGUACCCUACUGGAAUAUAAAACACCAAUUUACACGACAAUAGUACCUACUAAAAUUCAGUAGGUACUCGGUUUUAGUGACUUUAUAUUAGUUACUAGCGUCGUGUAACUGAGCCUAAAAUACUAGAAUAGUGCGAACUAAGCAUUUGCCACCCAGUGAUUAAAAUGUAAACAUUAAUACGUAUCUGAGAAGUCCCACUUUAACCGCUAUAUUAUUUUUGACCAACUAUAUGGGUGAUCCGAUAAGUACUUAGCCACUCCACUCGAUGACGCCACUAUCGCAAGAGAAUCUUCUAUUAUUGUAUAAUAUAUUCUUGUAAACGGCCUAUGUCAAAAUUUUAGCCGAAUCAGACGAAUUCUGUUUUAGCUGAAUAAGUUUUGUUUUGACCUCGUGUGGAAGCGAGCGUGUCUGGGUAUUAUAGAAAAAUGGCAAGGGAGUCGAUUUUUGUUUUUGGAAGGAAAGUCACUUAGUGAAAUCAAAGAGCGCAUAACCGUCGACGAAACUUGGAUCCACCGGUACUCAUUGAAACCAAGAAUCAGUCGAUACAGUGGAGGUCACCCCGCGAUCGUACUCCGAAGAAGGCAAAAACUGUCCUAUCAGCCGUAAAGAUUAUAGCCACCGUUUUCUGAGAUUCACAAAGUGUGAUUUAUAUCAGCUUCCUGGAAAAGGCAAAACGUUCACAAGGCUUUACUGUGUUGCAUUAUUGGGUCGAAUCGACGCCAAAUUGCAGAAAAAGCAACCCCAAUUGGGGAAGAAAAAAGUGUUCUUCAACCAUGACAACGCACCGGCUCACACCUCCGCCAUCACAUUGACAAAUUAGUGGAUUUGGGCUACGAACUACUAUCCCAUCCACUGCAUUCUCCAGACUUGGCCAUGUACAACUUUUUUUUGUUUUCUAACUUGAAAAAGUCACCCGUCGAGCAGAAAUUUAAGUUGAAUGAGGAGUUCAUCGCCGCUACGUAAGCCUACACAUAGUUUAAAAAGUUAUGCAUCACCCCUCGUAUUCACGAUGUUUACGCUUUUAUAAAUCCGUAUCUUUAUCACAUAUUUAAUGGGCCUUUUUUAUAAAAAAAUAUACCAUUUUUGGUUUUUUUAUUUUAUUUGAUUACCCAUUUAAUUGACCUGGUUUUGCCAAGGUGUAAACAUUUGAAAAAUUUAUUCUGGUGAAAUUUUUGAAAACGUGAUUAAAAAUGAAUCGAACUUUAAUUUCUGAGUUGGACCGUACAAGAGUUAUCGAUUUAGUUGAAGAAAGCCAUUCACAGCGGUUCGUGGCGGAAAGAGUGGGUAUUUCUCAGAGUGAUGUCUCACGGAUAUGGAAUACCUAGGUUCCUGGAGACAAUCUCGAUACGGAAUAGAGCUCGGCCUGAACCCUCAAGUUACCAAUGAUCGACAGAAUAGAUAUAUCAGAAUUUCCAUCUGUAGAAAUUCUUCUAUGUCUGUACCAGCCCUCCAAAGAGAAUUCAGGCAUGCUACAGGAGUCAGAGUAUCGUUGGCUACAAUAAGAAGAAUAAUUUUAGACUCAGGUUUGAGGAGUUGUCAACCGAUAAGAGUUCCUCAGCUACAAUCUAGACAUGUUUUGGACCGCCUCCAGUGGGCUCAAGAACACAUACAGCUCCCCCAACAGUUUUGGAAUUUUGUGCUUUUUUCAAACGGGUCCAGAAUUUGUUUAAAUAGUGAUAACCGACGAAUUCGUAUGUGGCUAGUUGUGCAGCUCUUGUUGGCUCUCGCCACACACGAAUUCGCCGGUUAUCACUAUUUAAACAGAUUCUGGUCCCGUCUGAAAAAAGCACCAAAUUCCAAAACUCUUAUGGGAGCUGUAUGUGUUCUUGAGCCCACUGGAGGCGGUCCAAAACAUGUCUAGGUUGUAGCUGAGGAACUCUUAUUGGUCGGCGUCUCCUCAAACCUGAGUCUAAAAUUCUUCUUCUUAUUGUAGACAACGAUACUCUGACUCCUGUAGCAUGCCUGAAUUCUCUUUGGAGGGCUGGCACAGACAUAGAAGAAUUUCUACCGAUGGAAAUUCUGAUAUAUCUAUUCUGUCGAUCAUUGGUAACUCGGGGUCAACCAGACCGACUGUAUUCCGUAUCGAGAUUGUCUCCAGGAACCUAUUCCAUAUCCGUGAGACAUCACUCUGAGAAACACCCACUCUUUCCUCCACGAACCGCUGUGAAUAGCCUUCUUCAACUAAAUCGAUAAUCCUUAUACGGUCCAACUCAGAAAUUAAAGUACGAUUCAUUUUUAAUCACGUUUUCAAAAAUUUCACCAGAAUUUUUUCAAAUGUUUACACCUUGGCAAAACCAGGUCAAUUAAAUGGGUAAUCAAAUAAAAUAAAAAACCAAAAAAGGUAUAUUUUUUAUAAAAAAAAGGCUCAUUAAAUAUGUGAUAAAGAUACGGAUUUAUAAAAGCGUAAACAUCGUGAAUACGAGGGGUGAUUCAUAACUUUUGAAACUAUGUGUAUUUCGUAGACCUCGAGAUAACGUAUUUUUCAGACGAGUUAAAGAAAGUGAAGCAUCACUGGGUCAAGUGUAUCAAGCUAAAACGAGACUGUUCAAAAGGAGGAGGAGAGAAUGUUCAAAAAUAAAUCACCACUUUUCCAAAAUUUUCGUUUUUCUUUUGGAGGCCAAGUACUUAUCGGACCGCCCUAGUAUAUAAAAAUAUUGUUUUUUGUGCACUUGCAAGAACAAUACUCUUUAUAAAAUUAGCUCAGACUUCAGUGACUGUUUUAUUGUAUGUAUUAAAGUGAUAGAUUAAACAUUUAUUAAGAUUAA